UACAGACGAGGGCAGAUAUCGGAUUGAAAACAAAUCAUCCCGACAGAUCUUCCCAACGUCACGAUUGACGAUUGAAGAAACUUUCUUGCUUAUUGUAUAUUUCUGUCGCCCAAUCUGCCGUGUAGACGGGCAAAUUGCGGUUUAAUGUCCGAGUAACAACUCUUUUCAAGUCAGUGCGUGUGAUGGAUCGCCAAAGUUUGCGAGAUGCAACUGUAGCGCUUCAUCGUUACAGUGAAUGAUGUCGUUUUCCUCGCGUGGUCCAAACUUCUGCUUUUGCGAACGAAAGUAGGACGCCGAUGGAGUUUCGUGACAGCAUUCAAGCAACUUUGAGCGUUUUUAAAAAGAAAAGUGAGCUGUUCUUCGGGUGCGCGUUGGACGGCUAAACUUCUGACGAACUUUACGACAGCGAAAGAGGGCUCAUUUAGACUCAUGGAGACCACAAGUCCAACCACCACUGAGAAGGAGUGUAAAGGGUCAGGCCUGGAUGGAAGCAGUUUCUCAGACCACCCUAAAAAGCCUUCACCCAGCGCUGCAUCCAGAGCUCCACAUUUGUUCUCCACCUUCCACACCCCAAUUCCCAUCGACAUGCGCCAUCAUGAGGGAAGGUACCACUAUGAGCCACAUCCUCUCCACCCUAUGCACGGACCUCAUGGAUUAGCUGGAAAUCCUGUUAUCUCUGAUAUCUCUCUGAUCCGACUGUCACCUCAUGCUGCGGCUACGGGAGAGUCUCCCUUCAAUCCUCCACACCCGUACGUCAAUCCACACAUGGAGCACUACCUGCGGUCUGUGCACACCAGCCCAACUCUCUCCAUGAUAUCUGCUGCCAGAGGCCUGAGCCCCCCUGAUGCAGUGACCCAUGAACACCUGAAGGAACGGAGUUUGUUUGGUCUGCCCCCUCCUCCACCUGGAGCAAACCCCUCUGAGUAUUAUCAUCUCAUCACCAGUCACCGAAGCUCUUAUGGAGACCUGCUCAUGCAGACAGGAGCUGCAGCCGCACAUCUCCCCGACUACAUGAGCCCUGUGGACAUGUCCCGUUUCCCAAGUCCCAGACUGACGCCGAGGCUGAGCAGAAAGCGGGCGUUGUCCAUCUCUCCGGUCUCGGAUGCCAGCAUCGACCUGCAGACCAUGAUCCGCACCUCGCCCAACUCUCUGGUGGCGUACAUCAAUAACUCUCGUUCCAGCUCAGCUGCCAGCAGCUCUUAUGGUCACCUCUCCGUAGGAGCAAUCAGUCCAUCCUUCGCUUUUCCACAUCCCAUGACACCAAUAGCAUACCACCAGCUGCUGUCCCAGCAUAGGGGUCUGAACGCUUUUGGACAUGCACCCCCUCUGCUUCAGCCGACUCCCUCCCUCAGCAGCAGGCAGCAGACGCUGGUGGCAGCUGCCGCCCUGAACAACACUGACACCAACACAGACACCAGCCAGAACGCUGGCGGAGAUUCGGCCGUCAGCAGCACGGUGAAUCCUAUGAUCAUCAAGAGGUCAAAGGUCAAAACGGAAGCAGACGGACCACAUCCCAUCUCACCUGGUUCUCAGGAUCACAUGGAGUUACGGGAGGAACUUGAUAAAGAUGAAUGCAAGCAAGAGCCUGAAGCUGUAUAUGAGACCAACUGUCACUGGGAGGGAUGUUCCAAAGAGUACGACACCCAGGACCAGCUAGUUCACCAUAUCAACAAUGACCACAUCCACGGAGAGAAGAAAGAGUUUGUCUGUCGCUGGAACGAGUGCUCGCGAGAACAGAAGCCUUUCAAGGCCCAGUACAUGCUUGUGGUACACAUGCGACGUCACACCGGGGAGAAGCCUCAUAAAUGCACGUUUGAAGGUUGCUCAAAGGCUUACUCCCGACUGGAAAACCUCAAAACUCACUUGAGGUCCCACACGGGGGAAAAACCUUACGUGUGCGACCACGAGGGUUGCAACAAGGCGUUUUCCAAUGCCUCAGACCGGGCCAAGCACCAGAACCGAACGCAUUCAAAUGAGAAGCCAUAUGUUUGCAAGAUCCCGGGUUGCACAAAACGCUACACAGACCCCAGCUCGCUCAGAAAGCAUGUGAAGACGGUUCAUGGUCCAGAUGCACAUGUCACUAAGAAGCAGCGUGGGGACGCACCGCCUAAACCUCACCCUCCUAAGGGCAAUGAAGAAAGUGAGGCCAGCACAAAACAUUCUAGAGGAAGAACAGAAGGGGCAGUGGAGGCCAGCAUCACCACCAGAGGCGUGGAUGACUGUCACCAUAUCAAAUCCAUCAAGACGGAAAACACAGUGAUGUAUCAGUCCAGCCCUGGUGGUCAGUCGUCAUGUAGCAGUGAGCCGUCACCACUUGGCAGUGCCACCAACAAUGACAGUGGAGUAGAGAUGGCCAUGCACAGUGGAGGCAGUUUGGGGGACCUGAGUGCUUUAGAUGACUCCCCUAUAGUAGAUUCCACCGGUUCGCCUGGCACUACUGCAGGAGUUGGUCUUCAGCUGCGUAAAAACAGGGGAGGCCUUUUACAUCUCGAGCACAUCAAGAAAGAAAAGCUAAAAUCUGUAAGAGACUCCUGCCAGUGGGCGAAUACAACACCCCAAGUCCGAAAUACCAAGCUGCCUCCAAUACCAUCUAUCGACUCGCUGAUGGAUACUCCAAAUAUGGUUAUUUCGAUGCCUGGUCCUCCAAACCAGCGUUUAGGAGACUUAUCUUCUUGUGAGAUGACGAUGCUAAGUCAGCUGCAGGAGCGCAGAGACAGCUCCACCAGCACAAUGAGCUCAGCGUACACGCUUAGUCGUCGGUCCUCCGGUAUCUCGCCGUGCUACUCCAGCCGUCGCUCUAGCGAAGCUUCACAAUUCGGAGUUCGCAACAACAACAUCAGCUCAGCAGACUCAUACGACCCCAUCUCCACGGAUAUGUCGCGACGUUCGAGUGAAGCCAGCCAGUUUGGUGGGGCAGGUGGGCUACCAAGUAUGCUAAGUCUUACUCCAGCUCAACACUACCGUCUCAAGGCAAAAUACGCCGCAGCCACAGGAGGUGCUCCACCCACACCUCUUCCCAACAUGGAUCGAAUGAGUCUUAAAACUAGAAUGGCCUUGUACAACGACUCGCAGGACAGUUCAGCAUAUUUUCACCACACUUCCUCGGUAGCGAACUCCAGACGCUGCAGCGACACAAGCUACGGCGCUCUCGGCAUGAUGCCUCACGGAGCUCCAGGCAAUCUUCCACGGCGAGCAAGCGAUCCCGUUCGGCGUACGACUCUAGACCCCCUCUCCUUGCCGAGAGUUCAGAGGUUCAACAGUAUCAGCAACAUGAACUCGUCACGUCUUGCUGCGGUAGAUCGUCGAGCUUUCAACUUGCAGAACAACACUUGGUCUGAUGGCAGCUUGCACCGUCAUUCCUUCAUCCAAAGGCCACCCAGUAUCUCUGAGAAUAUUUUGAUGGAGAAUAUGGCCAACGAUGGAGUUGAUCAGCCAGAGGAUGAUAUGGUGCUUCCAGAUGAUAUGGUACAGUAUCUCCAUAUGCAGAAUGGAAACUCAAAUCUGGACACUGGAAUUGCUGUCAACGGUGGUCAUGCGCUGGACUUCCAUGGUAAUGUGGCCACCCAACAACAACAGCAGUUUUAUGGGCAACGGCGAAUGGCCAUGGCAAAUGGUGCAAGUCAUGGAGCGCAAACGACACCUCUUUGCUCAGGCUCGGAGCAUAUGGCGGACCCACAAUGCAUGAACAAAAACAACAUGCCUGUCCAAUGGAACGAGGUCAGUUCUGGUUCAACAGAUACAACUUCAAGGCUUCCUAAACAGCAACAACUUCGAGGGAACUUGACAGUGGUGCAGCAGAAACUUCGAGGAAACUUGACAGUGGUGCAGCAGAAACAAAACAUUGGCACUUACCAAGGAUUUGGCAACAACCAACAGGUCGUGCCAAUGAGCCAGAAUCUGGCUAACCUGCACCAGGCUUAUCCGCAAAGGACCACCCAGAGGAUGAAUUCAGUCCAGCAGUAUCGACAGUCUGUUACCAAUCCAUGUCCGAAUCUCAACGAGCAAAUUAACCCUCAACUGGGACAUAGGCAAGACAUCAGUUAUUCUUCAACAUGCAAUGGAAUGGGCAUGUCCAAUGGGAGAGCACAAGAAACGCAAACUUGCAGAUCAAAUAUGACACAUGUGAAUGUCAACCAGCAAAAUUACGUCCCUCAAUCUCAAAAUGUAAGCCGAGGGCUGAUGCAGCCUAGACCUCCAUCUGGGCCCAAGCCUUUGAUUAGGCAACACUCAGGUAUGAUGCAAAAUGGUUGUUCUCUAUCCAACAUCAACCCUGGAUUUGACACUUCAGAAGCAAGCCCAAAGAGACCUGGAGACAUAGGUCAACAUAACAACGGUGGCGGCAGCACAAUGUACUAUUCAGGAGAGAUCCGUAUGUUGGACACCAAUGCGGAUUACAAUUCACCCCUGUCACCGUGCACAAACCAACCCCCUGUUGCUUCAGCCUCUACUAUGGCAUCUCCUGGGGUUAACCAGGUCACCAGCACGGUAGACUCUUCUCAGACACUUGAGCACCCUUUGAUAGACUUCGAUGCCAUUUUGGAUGACGGUGAUCAUUCAAGCCUAAUGUCCGGCACAUUAAGCCCCGGCCUUCUGCAGAGUUUCUCGCAGAAUUCCUCACGGCUCACCACCCCACGUAACUCUGUUACGUUAGCAUCAAUACCAGCAGGUAUCGGCAACAUGGCCAUUGGGGACAUGAGCUCGAUGUUAACUGCCCUUGCAGAGGAAAGCAAGUUCUUAAACAUGAUGGCUUGAGAAUUUGAUAAAACCCUGAAAAAAAUGAGGGGUGAAUUUUUUCAUAUGCUGUUCUUGAAAUGUAAAGACAUUGAACAAACACAAAGCAUUAACAGGUUGAAGACAUUACUCAAAUGGGAAGAAGUUAUGCAUUUUUGUUUCAUGAGCAAAGGCACUGAUAUACAUUAUAAUACAACAGUGAAACUUUUUAUCAAAAUGUUUUUCUGUAGAACAUUGUCAAGGUUUGUAUGGAAAUCCAAAAAGGAAAAAAAUGUUGGGUUAUUUCAACCCAUUGUUGGGUCGAGAAUAGACCAACCCAAUUGUUGGGUUAAAGUUAUAUAAACAAAUAUAUAUAAUAUCAUACUUAUAUACUCAAGUAAUCUUACUUGUAUAUACAAAGUAUAUUUGACCCAACAAUGGGUUAAAACACCCCAACAUUUGAGUCGAAACAAGCCAGCAAAGGUUAAUUUACAACCCAACAGUUAGGUUUAUCCAUUUUUGACCCAACACUGGGGUUGAAAUAACCCAACAUUAUGUUUGUGUAUGCAACUAGAUUGUACCUGUAUGGCAAAGACCUCCAGAUGAUGUGUCUAUGUGACAAAGCCAUAUGUUGUAAGUUUGUUUGUAUGACAUAAACGUGUACAUCAGGUUAAGUGUUAUUAGGCUACUACAAGUGUAAAUCUGUCUCUCUCAACAGUGCACUGAAUUUCACUAAGUGCCUCUGCAACAAGAACAUACGUUUUAAACUCAUAUAGUGCUAUGUAAUCUGCUAUAUAGACAUACUAAUACAGUUAUGAAUAUUUCUACUGCAUUCUUUCAGUUUUGUUAAUAGUUAUCCUCUAUCUUUCAUGCUUUAAAUUAUGUGUAAUGCAUAUUAACUGCUUAAGCUUUGUUCAUGACGUGUACAACGCUCUGAUGCCCUCUUUGCUUGCUCCAGAGCGAAAUAUAAAAGAAACUGUUGGAAAAAAUCUGCCUCAUUCCAAGGAGUGAUGGUCAAUUUCAUCCAUAUCACCAGAUUCAAAACAACUCAGUAGUUACCGAUCUCUGUAAUUCUGGCCAUGUGAUGGUGAAGGACAUUACAUCUGUGAGCUUGACUCUGAAGAGGCCUGUCAACCCUCACAUCCCUUGGAGAUAUCUUUAAAGGAAUAUGCAAGUACACUGUGUGCUCUCAGCGGACAUCACAACCCAAUUAACUGGUUCAUCACCCUCAAGCUUGUGAUAAAGCACAGGCGCAUACUAAAAUGACUUCUGCCUUUGAUUUACCAGCAUUACAAGACAUUCUCACCAAGGACGGAGUGAUAACGUUCUCUGAAGGUCUGAAUGUUUGGAGCGAGAGGAGGGGUUUGGAUUUUUAUGGUGCCGUUUGCAAAACUCUGCAUAUGUGUAGCUUUUGUACAUUUUAAUACAGCAUCUUGAUUCUGUUUUAAUGCUGUGCUUGUGUUGUCCUUGGUUUGCUUUCUGUAGGGCACAUUAAAGCACAUCCUUUUG